AUGCCAGUCGAAACAGACAUUCACACCUCCCCAUUCCCAGCCCAACCCUCCCCCCUGGGCCAGAACACCCGAAUGCCUGAAUUCAGCCUAACCGACAAGGUCGCCCUAGUCUCGGGCGCCGGUCGAGGUCUGGGCCUGACUAUAGCAGAGGCUCUGUUAGAAGCGGGGGCCAAAGUGUACGCCCUAGAUUAUCUGCAAGAGCCGAUACCGGAGUUCGUACAAGUCCAGCAGCGCGCCAAGGCCUGGAAUACCGAGCUGCAGUACCGCUGUGUCGACGUGCGUGACACAGUCAUCCUCAAUAGAGUCAUCGAGGAUAUCGCCAAUCAUGAGCAUCGUAUUGAUGGCCUAGUCGCCGCAGCUGCGAUCCAGCAGGAGACGCCCGCUCUGGAGUACACUGCUAAAGAUAGUAAUGCCUUGCUUGAGGUUAAUGUCACGGGCGUGUUCAUGACGGCACAGGCUGUGGCGAGGCAGAUGAUUCGUUUUGGGAAUGGGGGGAGUAUCACCCUAAUCGCUAGUAUGAGCGGUACUGUCGUUAAUAGGGGUUUAAUCUGCCCCGUCUACAACGCAAGCAAAGCAGCCGUCAUCCAACUAGCCCGCAACCUCGCCGCCGAAUGGGGCCAGUAUAAUAUUCGCGUCAACACCCUCUCCCCGGGCUACAUUCUCAGCCCUAUGUUGGAGAUGCUGUUUGUGGAGUAUCCAGAGCGUCGCGACCAACUUGCUAAAGAGAAUAUGCUAGGUCGUCUAUCCGGUCCCCGGGAGUACCGCGGUGCGGCUGUCUUCUUGCUUUCUAAUGCUAGUAGUUUCAUGACUGGUAGUGACCUCCGCAUAGACGGGGGUCAUGCAGCAUGGUGA